AUGUUGCGACGGCCACCUGGCCAUGUCGCUCCACAGCCCAAGUACCUUUUGGCACUUGCACUCAUCCUCCUCCCGUGGCUGCCUCUCGCCGAUGCUCAGCAGCAGCACCAGCGCCCGUCAGUCCCCGUCCAGCAACUGAGAUCCCCGCCCGAGGCCGAUCAGCAUGUCGCCCAGAACCUUGCCGCGACACCCGUGACGGGCCAAAAGACAGCCGAGACUCCUCUCAUCCACCAGCGACGGAAGACGACUGUCGCCGAGAACGUCGACGACGGAGGUCGUGUCCCGCCGCGGCAGCUAUCUGGCUCCAACAACAUACUCAUUCCUGACGAUGCGCGCGCCCACGCUUUGGCUCCGGACUUGUCCGUUCGAGCACCGCCUCCAUCCAAGUAUAGACCCCCUGCACCCGGGGGUGGACUCUCGCAGCAUCUUGCGCGGAGUCUGGAGGACUGGGAAGUGGAAGACUUUGUUCUUCUGGCGACCGUCGAUGGAGACCUCUACGCUAGCGACCGCAAGACCGGUCAAGAACGCUGGCACUACAAGGCCGGCCACCCCUUGGUCGAGACUAGACAUUUCCGAACCAACCGCUCCGUCCUCGACGAAGACUACGAGCCCAUCGACCAUUACAUCUGGGUCGUUGAGCCCACCAGAGACGGAGAGCUAUAUUUGUGGAGGCCCAGCGAAAGCGGCCCCGGCCUCGCCAAGAUGGCCUGGACAAUGAAAAAGGUUGUCGAAGAGCUUGCACCCUUCAACGACAAGGCCAACCGCGUGCUCUACACGGGGGACAAGAAGACUACCAUGGUCACUUUGAACGCGGCAACCGGAACCGUCAUCAAGGAAUUUGGCUCCACCGGCAGCUACGUCAACAAGGUCGAGUCCGAGAGCUGUCUCCAGCCGAACGCUUUGGCAGAUGGAGACAGUGAAGAGUGUAACGACGGCACCAUAACGCUUGGCCGCACCGAGUACACGGUCGGCAUCCACCGCGCUGACGGCAGUCCGAUCGCCUCUCUCAAAUACUCGGAAUGGGGUCCAAACACCCAGGACCACGACCUCAUUCAGCAGAACCUGAUCACCAAGGACGGCCGCUACGUCGCCAGCCAGCAUGAUGGCAGGAUUUACGGGUUUGACUUUGAGCGUCCCAGCGAGGGCCGCCCCAUUUUCACCAAGACUCUAUCUUCCCCCGUCGCCAGGGUCUUUGAUGUCCUUCGCCGAUGGGGUGGCGCGCCGGAUAAGGAGCCCGAGCUGAUUGCGCUACCACAGCCGCCCUUUCCUGCCGGUGACGAGGACAGCUUACGCCUUCGGAGCGACAAGGUGUUCAUCAAUCAGACCGAGGAAGGAAGCUGGUAUGCUUUAUCGGGGAGCCGUUAUCCUUUGAUCCUGUCUGCCCCAGUCGCACCCAUCCAUACGCUCGGUUGGUGGCAGAUUAAAGAUGCUUGGGAGCUCCUGAAUGACCCCGAAAAAUCGAGCGCACUGGUGGGCACGCACCAGCUACCAGACGUCCUGGUUGAUAGGGUCGCACAAACGCCCUUGUUACUAGAUCCUCCUCGCGAGCAUGACAACGUCAGUCCAACAGACGCCGGUAUCACUGGCUCGCUCUCCUCCCUUUCCCCAGAGACGAGUGGAAUUUUUGACACUGCAUGGAGAGUGCCGGAGCUCGCCAUAGUCAAGGUCGUCGACUUGGUCAGCAACCCAGCUGCUAUAGUCCUCUUCUUCCUAGCUCUCAUGAUGUACAAGGACAGGAUUCUGAGCGUUGUAUGGAAGUCCUGGAGCAAGGCCGCUUCCUUGAACCCGCAAAUUGAAAUCAAACCCACGGUUCCGAGCCCAGCCGCUUACCCUGAGGACCGACCUGAAACCCAAGUCGGAAACGCAGCUGAAGACGCGGCCGCGAUUGACCAGCCGGCAGAGCCAAACCUACCGACACCGCCAGCGGCUCCAGAGGAGGCUCCCGCGAUAGCUCAGCCUGAUGCUCCUGAAGCGGCUGCUGGGCUGGCAGCUGAAGGAUUGGACGCCGCCGCGGGUGUAGAAGGCGCCAAGAAAAAGAAGAGCCAUAGGGGCCGCCGAGGCGGCGUAAAACAUAAGAAAGGCAACAAGGACAAGCGUGAAGGGUCACAGUCCCGUGAUGAAGGUUCGCCCCACGAAACUAUAGAUGAGGUUGUCAACAAAGCCAAGACUCUUGGUCGCGAGCCAAAGCUGGAGCCGGAUAUCAUCACCGUUCCCGGAAAUGUCGACGAGGUCUCUGGGCAAAUCCUCAAGAUGGGAAGCCUAGAGGUCAAUGAAGCCGAGCAGCUGGGCACGGGGAGCAAUGGCACCAUUGUGUUUGCUGGGAAAUGGGAUGGCCGUGAUGUUGCCGUGAAGCGUAUGCUGGUGCAAUUCAACGAAAUAGCAAGCCAAGAGACUAGGUUGUUGAGGGAGAGCGAUGAUCAUCCCAAUGUGAUCCGCUACUACGCCCAACAGGAGCGGGCUGCUUUCCUCUACAUUGCGCUAGAGCUCUGCCAGGCCUCGCUUGCCGACGUCGUCCAAAAGCCUAACAUGUAUAGGGAGUUGGCGCAAGCGGGCGAGCGCGACAUGCCAGGGGUGCUCUACCAGAUUGCCAAUGGCUUAAGCCACCUUCACAGCCUGCGCAUAGUCCACCGCGACCUCAAGCCGCAGAAUAUCCUCGUUAACAUGGGCAAGGACGGCCGACCCCGCAUCCUCGUCUCAGACUUUGGCCUGUGCAAGAAACUGGAAGGCGGACAGUCGUCAUUCGGCGCCACGACCGCCCACGCCGCGGGGACCAGCGGCUGGCGGGCGCCUGAGCUCCUCAUCGACGACGAUGCGCCAGGACAUAACGCUAUGGCCCUUACAGACCCGAGCUCCAGCUUGCAUAGUGGCUCGGUCGGGCCCGAAGUCUUGACCGACGGACGUCACAGCCGCCGUGUCACGCGGGCCAUCGAUAUCUUUUCCCUCGGACUCGUCUACUUUUAUGUUCUUACCCGCGGCAGCCACCCCUUCGACUGCGGCGACCGUUUCAUGCGGGAAGUCAACAUUCGCAAGGGCACGUACAGCCUCCAGCUUCUCGACGCAUUGGGAGAUUUUGCCUUUGAGGCGCGCGAUCUCAUCGGGAGCAUGCUCAAUGCCAAUCCAAAACUGCGUCCUUCGGCGCGCGACGUUAUGGCCCACCCUUUCUUUUGGAGCUACAAGAAGCGUCUGGCGUUUCUGUGCGACGUGUCGGACCACUUCGAGAAAGAACCCCGCGACCCGCCAUCGCCAGCGCUGGCCGAGCUGGAGAGGCAUGCGGUUGACGUCGUUAAAGGCGAUUUCCUCAAGCACCUGCCGCGCGAGUUCGUCGACAGUCUGGGCAAGCAGCGCAAGUACACGGGCACCAAGAUGCUUGACCUGCUGAGGGCUCUGCGGAACAAGAGGAACCACUACGAGGAUAUGCCCGAAAGCCUGAAGAAGACUGUUGGGCCGCUCCCUGACGGGUACCUUGCGUUUUGGGCGAGGCGGUUCCCCAACUUGCUGAUUGUCUGCUGGAACGUCGUGUAUGAUUUGCGCUGGGAGAAUACGGAUCGGUUCAGGGAUUACUAUGUCCCUGCCCCGCCGUCAAGUUUGUAG